AUGCUUUCAGGCCGCAUGAAGCGAAGUCUAUCCUGGCUCUCAGACCAUGCCUCCGCAGAGCCAACCCCUCCAAAGGGCGUACUGGAAAUGGACAUGGCGGAGAAUUGGCUUGUUCGACCAGACAUACUUCCGCUGAUAAAAGAUGCCAUUUUAUUGGACCUGAAUCAGCAGGACCUCUCAUAUUCCCAAGAGUUGGGUGGACCUCCAGGUCUUUUGCAUGUAUCGGCAUCAUUUUUCAAUCGCUUCUUCUCUCCUCGAGUUGCCGUUUUACCCGAGCACAUCGUAACAAGUACAGGAUGUUCAUCGGCUAUCGAGACUCUGAUAUUUGCAAUUUGCGAUACUGGCAACGGUAUACUACUGGAAACACCCAUGUGGGAUGGGUUUGCUGUCACGUCAAAAUUGAGAAACAACGUCAGUAUAGUUCCCGUUAGUUACUCAAAACGACCUCAAAAUGCAGCCGAUAUUAUAAAUCACUACAGCGAAGCGAUGAAAAUGGCAACGUGCCCCAUUCGAGCCCUCAUACUUUGCAAUCCCCACAACCCUCUUGGUCAAAUAUAUCCUACCCCGUGGCUAGAGGCUAUGCUUCAAUUCUGCGAAGCUCGCAACAUCCACUUCAUUUCGGACGAAAUAUACGCCCUUUCGAAUUUCGGGGCGACUAGAUACGAUCAACAUGUCAAUCCGGAUCGGGUGAUUGGGCUAGAAACGAAAUUUACUUCAGUCUUGUCGAUAGACCUGGAGCGACUUGGCGUUGACCCCGCUCGUGUCCAUGUAGCCUACAGUGUCAGCAAGGAUUUUGGUAGCAGCGGGGUUCGACUGGGCUAUCUCAUUACGCAGUCAAACCCCGAGCUUCGCCGUGCACUAGCAGUCCUCAACAGGUUCAAGGUUUGCAAUUUGGCAUCUAUAGCUGUCACUUCCCUGUUUUCAAAUCUGCAGGUGGUUGAAGAUUUACUGAGCGACAACAAACCUCGUUUGCGCAAAGCAACGGAGAUAGUAGAAGAUUUCCUGUCAUUCCAUCAUAUUUUGUUCUAUUCACCGGUUGCUGGUUGCGUCAUGUGGGCACGAAUCGGAGGCGAGCUAGCAACAAAGGAAACAGACGCAGAGCUAGUCGAAAGAUUUGGGGCAGCAGGCGUGGCCGUUGGUGCCGGCUCCAGAUUCAAGAGUGAAGAGCCGGGCUGGUUCAGAAUCACGUUUGCUCUGCCUCGGAAUACUUUGAUCGAAGGACUACGCCGAAUCGAGAUUGGUAUGGAGGUAAAGCGACCGUGGAUACUUGAAAACGCCCAAUUGUGA